AAUAUCCGUAAACUCACUUAUAAAUAGCAAAAGAUGCACCCAUUUGACCGGAAUUCUAAAUUACCGGCAAGCUCUCCGUCUCAAACCUCCGACAAGACGAACCUCACUGAUCGGAUUUAAUUAUUGCGAAAAUGGCUUUAGGUGGAACAGCUCCCCCAAGAGGAAGUGCAGCAGCUACCGCAAGCAUGAGGAGAAGGAGAGCAACCGGUGGUGGGGCCUCUGGAGGAGCAGCUGGAACUAUGCUUCAAUUUUAUACUGAUGACGCCCCUGGACUCAAGAUCUCCCCAAAUGUUGUUCUUGUAAUGAGCAUUGGCUUUAUAGCAUUUGUUGCCGUCCUUCAUGUGAUGGGCAAGCUGUAUUUUGUGCGUAGGGAGGCUUAGGGAAUACAUCAAGAAGUUAGGUUCAUUUCGGACUUUUUAAUACACAGUUUCUGUUUUGCAAUUUAGAUAUUCUGUUGAUC